AUGGCUAACAAAGUAAUUGCAGAUGACAAUAACACACUAAAACAAUGUCAAAAAUACGCCCGAAACGAAGCUACAGAAAUAUAUGGAACUGAUAACUACAAAUUGAUCAUUCCUAUAAAAGACAACGACCCGGAAUACAUAACUGUUACCAUCAAGCAUCGCGUGGUGUUCAUCUACGCAGACAUGCCUGACAUCGACCCCAGAUUUCAAUCAGACGACAGUAUAUUCUACGACAUCAGAAUUCUGCCGAACUUCCUAAACACAAAGAAAGCCCGUUGGUUCGCGAAGAACGGUAAGUUAGAAAUUGCAAUACCGUAUAAAUUCAUAUUCAACAAAGAAGCCAGGAAAACUUGUGAGGCAGACUUUGGUGUUGAUGAGCAAGAGAUAAAAGUGCCCAAAAGAGAAGAGAAAGAGGAGAUUGGUAUAGACGAGGAUAUUAUUAACCAAAUUUUUGGAAAGAAGGCUGUAGUUGCUCCAAACAGAAUGAUGGAUGAUGAUAAUGACUUCACCACAACAACCACUGACACAACACCAACAACUACUGAAACAACACUAACAACCACCACAGCUACAUAUAAUCCUGAAAGAAUGAUCUUUCCCGAUUAG